UGAAAAGACUCAUCUUUGCAGUAUUGUUAGUAAUUUACACACCGUUUAAAAUAAUUAACGAUAUAUUAUACCUUAUGAUAAUUGGUCAAGUAUUUGAUAAACAAGCAAAAAUAGAAUAUGGAAAAUGUCUUUGCACUCUCGGCGAAACAGUCAUAUCAGAUUUCGAGGAGACACUCAAAUAAGUUGUCAGACCAUGAAGGUCUGCAGAUGAUGUACUGGUAUAUCUACAUUGAACGGCAUAAUACAUCAUCAAAUAAAAACACAAACUAUACUUAAAGAUUAAUCUGACUGUAUCGAUUUAAUCCACUGUGCUACCAAGUAUUAGUAUGUAUCUGACUAAUACCAUUUAUGCCUGUGUUAUGGUCAACCGUACUAGAACCAUGUAUCUAAUACUAAUGGAUACUGGUGGUUGGUUAUGGGUCUGAUCUACCCACAUAACCCGAUAUAUAUUAAUGGCAUCAUUGAAGCCUAGAAAGACAAAAUUUGAUAGCAAGCGCUUAAUACCAUAAGUUUUUGGCGAUGGAGAACCCGUUGAGCACAAAUACGUCCAAGAGUGGGUCCGAAGUUUAUGUCCGGAAACGGGACCCAUAUUUUUUUUCACGUAUAUGUAUAUAAACUCGAUCAAAAGGUAACUACAUGGAGCAAUAGAUAGAGCGAAUAGCUUGAAUAAACUGUUAAAUUGUUGCUAUUUUUAUCGGGUUAUGUGGGUAGAUCAGACCUUUAUCGACCACGUAUAUCUAUACUAUAUUUGUAU